AUGGCCAUCUCACUCGCCUCGGAGCUCCUCUCCCUGCCGCAACAAUGGCAGCUCAUCCUCCUCCCCCUCCUCCUCAUCCUCCUCGCACUCAUCUUCUUGACGAGGAGACGGGGCUACAAAGGGCUCAGGCUGCCGCCAGGCCCAGCCCAGGUGCCGAUCUUGGGGAACCUGCACCAGCUAGGCUUGCUGCCGCACCGGAGCUUAAGGGGUCUGGCGCGGCAGCAUGGGCCGGUGAUGCAGCUGCAGCUCGGCACGGUGACGACCGUUGUGGUGUCGUCAGCAGAGGCAGCGCGGGAGGUGAUGAAGACGCACGAUGAGGAUUGUUGCACCCGGCCCGUGUCCCCAGGGAUGAAACGGCUGUCCUACGGCCUCAACAACGUCGGGUUCGCGCCGUACGGCGCCUACUGGCACGCGAUGCGCAAGUUCCUCGUCGUUGAACUCUUUGGCGCGCGCCACGUCAAGGCCGCAUGGCACGCACGCCAGCACCAGGUGGAGAAACUGAUGAGCACCUUGAGCAUCUUGGCCGGAGAGCCGGUACCGCUCAAGGAGCACAUCUUCAGCCUUGCCGACGGCAUCAUCGGCAUGCUGGGGUUUGGCGACAUGUACAACAGUGACAAGUUCCCACACCACAAGAACUUGGAGCACGUGCUCGAGGAGGCCACACACGCGCAGGCCAGCUUCUCCGCUGAGGACUACUUCCCCAACAUCAUUGGACGCCUAGUCGACCGAAUCACCGGCCUCGCCGCUCGCCGUGAGAGGAUCUUCAAGCAGCUUGAUACCUUCUUCGAGAUCAUCAUUGAGCAGCAUCUUGGCCCUCGGCGCGUCGAGCCUCAUAAUGGUGACCUCGUCGACCGCCUUAUCGGCCUUUGGAAGGACAAUAGUGGCACCCUCCGCAUCACGAGAGACCACGUCAAGGGCAUCAUCUUUGGCACGUUCAUUGGUGGAUCGGACACGGCCUCGGUGACGAUCCUAUGGGCGAUGGCGGAGCUGAUCCGGAAGCCGCCACUGCUGAAGAAAGUGCAAGAUGAGAUCAGGGCCGUGGUGGGCAGCAACGAGAGGGUGCAGCCAGAUGACCUGGCCAAGCUGGGGUACCUCAAGAUGGUGGUGAAGGAGACCCUACGGCUGCACCCACCAGCGACGAUGUUGCUGCCAAGGGAGGCCAUGCGGGACAUCCAGAUUGGCGGCUACGACGUGCCAGCCAAGACGCGGAUCUAUGUGAACGCGUGGGCCAUUGGCAGGGACCCAACAAGCUGGCCUGAUGAUCCGGAGGAGUUCAAGCCAGAGAGGUUCAAGGAGAGCAAGGUAGACUUCAAGGGUGCACAUUUUGAGCUAACGCCAUUUGGCGCGGGGCGGCGGAUAUGCCCUGCGCUGUCUAUGAGCACGGCUACCGUGGAGUUCACGCUGGCCAACCUGUUGUACUGUUUUGACUGGGCGCUCCCAAAGGGGGCCGUACUGAGCAUGGAGGAGGAAGGCAAGCUUAUCCCCCUCCUCAAGACCCCGCUCGUGUUGGUGCCCACCCCAUACUGGAACAUGUAAGCACAGUGGGGCGUGACAUGACACACCCGAGAGAGAUCCACUCCAAAUUAAUUUGCCCCCAUGUAUGGAGUAAACAUGCAUGUAAUCUUGUAACUA